UAUUAGUCUGUGUUUUAAGUGUCAUCCGGCUAGGUGGUGGUUCCUAAAUUCUAAAAUGUUUUUAAAUUAAUUGAAUAAGAAUGAGAUGAGAUUACUGAAAAUAUCAGAUCUAUUUCUUAAGAUAUUGUAUUUUAAAAGAGUGUUUUACAUUCUCAUGGUGACAUUUUUGUGGUACUUUUUGCACAAUGGACUAUCACAUUGAAAUUAUUGAUGCGAAAUAAAUUUAUAUCUUACGAAAAGUCGGCGCGAGUUGAACUGUUGGUUUAAACUUUAAUAUUCAUCACAUGUGUUUGUUUAUUUUCAAUGUAUAUGUGGCUAAAUAUUAAUAACAUACCAAGGACAUGUUCAUAAUAAAUUCUCGUCACUCUAUAUGUUUGACAAUUUGUGCGGGCUACGGAUCAUGCAUAAGUGGCAAUGAACACUUGACCGCGCCAUGGAACAUAAAGAUGGAUGGAGCGGCGGAGGAACGGCUGCAGCUGACAAUAGCACCGAGCGCACGCAGGCCGACCGCGACCGCGUGCGCAUCGAGUUCUACGCCACCUACGACGUCAUGACCGGCGUGCGCAUAGCCGCCACCCUCGGCGGUUUCUUCGCCCUUAUGGUCUUUUUAAUCGUUUACAAGAGCCGGAGUAAAUCUGUGAAAGCGCUGAAUGAUCCUAAAUUAGUAGAGCUCGCGGAGGCGGUCGUCGCCGAGGAGCAAGCCGUAGAAGAGGAGCGACAGUUGACUGCGGCUCUAGAGGAGGCUCUCUCGGAACGAGCUCGUUCCCGCCCAUCGAUAGGGGAAGUGCCGCACUGGCCGCGGACUGCGCGGUUCGCCUCGUACGGCGGCGGGUACGGUAGCUUGCUAGCGCCUCCGCGUAGACUGGCGACUCUGCGCGGGGACUCGCUGCCCGGUUCCGCGCUGCGGUUCAGCGAGAGGAGGGCGUCCGGAGCGGCUCGCGACCGGCGGCUGAGCUCGGCGACGUGCUCGAGCUCGGGGAGCUCGUACUUGGAGCGGCGCGGCUCGUCGGUGGUGUGCGCGCUGCCGGAGCGGCGCCUGUCGCCGUGCCCGAGCGAGCGCCUGGCGCCGCUCGCGUCGGUCGGCAGCGUGGGCCCGUCGUUCGCGGUGGAGUGCGACCUGGCGUCGGUGGGCGCGGACUCGGUGUUCGCGGAGGACGAGGUGGACUCCACGGACGACGAGGUGGAGCAGUUCUCCACGGACAGCGGCGGCCCCGAGGCCGGCCCGUCCGACGGCACGGAGCUGGCGAGCCGCCCGGUGCUGUCGCUGCGUAUCGAUCGCGCAUCUCAUUCUCGUGAGACGUUAUUCUAGUCGCCAGCGACCGUCGCUGGAUGUUACAUGUUAUAGAAAUGUUAAAAUAUCGAUAAGUUCGUAGAAUAUGUACCUAAUAAUUUCAUUAAAAUUAUUUUUCAAAUUUAAGGUUUAGGGAUUUAACACCAACAUAAUAUCAUUUUGUAAAAUCCCAAAUGGAAUUGUGCUUAAGGCAUAUCUUCAAUUUGUUUGUUUAUAUGUUUGUUUAUCUUUGCACAAAGUAUCCGCAAGUCGAUGUGCAUAUUCGCGCCCUAAUGGCCGACAACUUGCUCUGCAUAUAUUUUAUAUCAAAUAGCUAUAAAGUUCAGUAUACUUUUCAACAUUUAAGAAACAACGCUUCACGUCGCUUUGUCGUCUCUGGUCCACUUUGCUUUGCGCCCAAAUUAGUGAUGAAUCAGCCCGUUUACCCUUUAAAAUAGUAAUAAAUGUUCUUAAACGAACGUAACUAUUAUAAAACUUAUUUAAAGCCUAAAGGCCUUGCACGAAAGCUUGACAGCUGCAGUGCGUUGAUCGCUGAUUGGCUGACAAUCACUCGCACAGUAACAGCAAACCUAGUAACAGUAAGUUUUACAGUCACAAAAAAAUGGUGAACUUUAUAUGAAUUUGUCGAUAUUUUAAUAUUGAUCAUAUUGUGUAUAUAGUUUGUUUUGUUAAUUAAUUAAUGUAUCGCAAUGUUGAUGUUCUGAGGCCAUGAUAGAAUUUUAAAUUGUGAUCAGAGCCACUAGCUGACAAAAUGUCUGGAACUCAAUAUCAAAAUGUCGAACGUAGCCUCGUAGGGCUUCGGCUCUCUAGUCAAACCGAUCUAUCGCUUUAUAUGUGACCUAUUUUUAAGAAAAACUGUGUUUUCGAUGUCGGAACGAUUCCGUCAAAUUGACAUGAGGGCGAGCACACACGCUAACUUUUAGCAUUUGCGAUCUGCAAUUUGUCGUAGCUUUCAAUACAAAUGAUCAAAUAUGUGGAGAUUAAAAGAUCAAUCAGAACUUCCGAAAAGCGAUUAAAUCGAUGAAAUCGCGGAUCACGGCUGAUGCUAAAUGCAGUAUGUGUGUUGGCCCUAAAUAUUAUUGCGCACAAAAAUAUUUUUAGGUUCCUACCAAAGUGGUACAAAUUCUAACCCUUAGGCCUCAUUCGCACGAGAGCUUUUUUAAAGGUCGUUAAAAAAGCGUUCAAUAGAACAAAAUGCAUUCCCAAGUAUCUGUUCACACGUCAAAGCUUUUUUUAACGCGCACUUUGUAUUGUCAGCGCAACGCCAGGUUUUAACGUAACGCUUUUUUAACGCUCGUGCGAAUUAGGGCUUAUGAUGGGAUUCUAUCCGUCUGUCACAUCUGUUUAUAUUUCAGUUUACAAUACGUACUAAUAGGAACUAAUGCUAUAGGCUUCUUUUUGAAAUAAUUUUAAAUUAUGCUUGCCCAACCUUAUUUCAAAUUAAGUAAAUAAUUAAACAAUUUACUUACCAAGUAUGACAAUUAUUAUUAUAACAAUUGCAAAAAAUCGAAGUUUGCAAAGCAAAAAUCUGAAAGAUUUAGAAUUGAUAGUUAUGUAAACUUUACAGUUCCAUCGAAGUUAGUUUUGCAGACCUAUUAAAAGGGAUUUUUGACGAGAUGUAGAUUUAUUUAACCAAAUUACUAUUUAAAUAAGUAUGUUUCUUUCCAAUCUAAGGAACCUUCGGUGACCGGGUCUGACUCGCACGUGUCCGGUUAUUCUUUCUGUAGGUAGGUAUGAAAAAGUUGAUAUGGAAUACUUAAACUAGUUCAAAAUAUCAGCAGCAGACCCGACCUUUGCAGCGAUAAAUAUGCCAUAAUCAAAGACAUGGAUUUUUACAUAUACACUGGCCAUAAUCCUAUUUACAUUCAACGCAAUAUUCAUACUAGAUUUUAUGUCAUUUUUUUAUUUUUAUUAGACUGGUCAUACACAAACAGCUUAGUUAGUAGAUCGCUGAACAUACACAGAGUGCUCGAGCAGUCGUCAAUUACCCUGUCUAGUGUAACUGAAAAACGUUUCAACUUUCAAUAAACAAUCAAGUCAAUACAGAUAUAUUAUUAACAAACUGACUAUCUGGCUGAGGGACCAGGAUAUAAUCAGAACAUUUCUUUUGAGAUACGAUAUGUCAUUUUACCGUAAUCGCCCAGCGGUAACCAGUCUGUUCAUAAUAUCUCAAUUUUUGAUUGUUCAGUUGGAACGUUUUUCUGAAAAUACGUUUAGGUAUAAAUGAAAGGAAGAAGAUGGUUCGCUAUGCAGUCGCAGCCUGAAGCGAUCGAUUAUGGUCCUGCUUUAAGCUGCCCAUGUCUGGCCGCUCUUAUAUUCGGUGCCGUGGAAACUAAACUUGGGUAUUAAGUACCUAACUAGUUCCUUCAGAAUUUAUAUAUCGCGUUGGCAAAGUCACACUAAAUUAGUGUUAUUUUUGAAAUAUGUACAAUGUACAUAACUAUAAGGUAACGUAAUGAUCUGCUGGAUUAAUUUAAAUA